UCUCUUAUUGGUCGACGGGGAUUUGUUUUGCACUCUUCAGACUUCCUCCUCUGCGUGUUUUCAUAAUAAACCACAUUUUUCUCCCGCCGGAGCAGCCGCACUGUUAUCCUGUCAGCCUGCCAGCAUUGUCGGAUUUCAGCUCCUGUUUUUAACAAAGGCCGUGGAUGAAGUUUGAAAGCUGUUUCAGAUUCAAAGAAGAGACGCGGGUAAACGGGCUCCGCUGCAACAACCAGAGGCUGUCUCUGUUGUCUUUAUUGUCCAAGCCUUUAGCGCGUGGUCGACUGUUGGACCGAGCCGACGUGCCGACCACAUACCUGCUUUAAUUAGAUGUUUUUCAGCUGUCAGUCACAUUGAUACGCUGUAAAGACUGCGAGGAGCUUCGAUAUCAUCAGACAUGGUGAAGCUGACAAAAGCCAAGACGUUCCAGGCAUACCUGGACUCGUGCCACCGACGCUACAGCUGUGUGCACUGCCGUGCCCAUCUGGCCAACCAUGACGAUCUUAUCUCCAAGUCUUUCCAAGGCAGUCAGGGCCGAGCCUACCUCUUCAACUCUGUGGUGAAUGUUGGCUGUGGUCCUGCGGAGGAGAGGCUACUGCUCACGGGACUACACGCUGUCGCCGACAUCUACUGUGAAAACUGCCACACCACGCUGGGCUGGAAAUACGAGCAAGCCUUUGAGCUGAGUCAGAAGUACAAGGAGGGGAAGUUUAUCAUUGAGCUGUCCCACAUGAUAAAGGACAACGGCUGGGACUGAGAGGGAAACCUCCCAUCUUUCUUCAUGACUUUUUCAAAAGUUGCAUCCCCUCAACUUAAAGGGGUUCCAGUGUAGCCUCCUCAUCCCGCGUACGAGCCAUCGCUGUGCCACACUUUCACUUCGUACGGCUUCGCCAACAAUAGCAUGUGAUGCCUUUUAUCUUUUUCUGUUCUUCAUGUUUUUCCAGCGACCACAACAACACAUUUGCUGAUAUUGCUAUCCCAAUUGCUAGUUGUGCUGGGACAUGGACUGAAUGAGUGCAGGGUUUGUGUGUGUGUGUGAAAGACUGGGAGAUGUAGUCACACAGGCACGUGUGCAUGUUGGAUUUUAAAUAGGGUUGGGCAUCGAGAACCGGUUCCAACUUGGAAUCGUUUCUAAAAUUACGAUUCCAGUGGAAUCGGUUUUUUUUAUUAUUGGAAUCGUUUGGAACAUUUGGCGCAAGAACCCGUACUUCCAGGCGCGGCGCUCUAAAGUGUGGCUUUAUUUUACAUUGAAAAAGCCCUCAAAAUAAAAUGUUUCUCUUAUCUGUUAAAUAAGCAUGUGACCCAUUUCAACUCAAAGUAUCGGAAUCGAGAAUCGAUAAGAACCGGAAUCAAAAGGAAGAAUCUGAAUUGGAAGCAGAAUUGUUCAAAUCAAGACGAUGCCCAACCCUAAUUUUAAAGCGUGUGUUUUGAGUGAUGACCGCUAAUCAGUCUCGCUCUGUGGGGGCGAGGCCAGUGCAAGUCAAAUAAUCUGACCGUUUUACACAUCAGAUGCAGGUAUUUGGGUUUUCCUUUUGACUUUAAGGUGCACAUGUAGACAUAUCUGGCCCAAACUGAGUAAAGUAUAUAGGCCUGCUUAACCUAUAGAUCAUUUUUGAGUGAUGAAAGGGUAUGGGAAUGCUUAAAGCAGUGUCGCCGGGGCUUGUUAUUUUUAUCAGUAAAAUUCACAUUUUUUAAUGGUAAAAUCAGUAACACUUGGUUAUAUUUUAAAGGCAAUCAGGAUGUUGAAUUGGUGAUAUUAAAGCCUGCAAAAGUCGUGUGUGUGUGUGUGUGUGUGUGUGUGUGUGUGUGUGUGUGUGUGUGUGUGUGUGUGUGUGUGUGUGUGUGUGUGUGUGUGUUCACUUAAUUCUGAUGAGAUCUAUCCCCUAUGUGUUUGUGUAUAUCCUAACAUGAAGCUACCCAUACAGAUACAUUUACUCAAUGGUGUUAGAGCAAAGUGUUAUAGGAUUAUGUAGCAUAUUUAUGGUGAUUUUUAAUGUCUGCUUCUUUCAUUAAAGUGUAUUAUUUUAACCUAAUCUUUCAUUAAAAUACAGUUUAUCUGUAACCGGUGUUCA